CGUAAAAGUAGACGGUGGCCUUAAAUUAGACGGUGUAAAGAAAAAGUUAUUUUUUGUGCAUAUUUGUACCUGAAACGAAUACGACAAAAAGCAAGGAAAAAAAAACAAAAAGUAAUUGAAAAAUUAAUAUAAAAAAGCAACCAUAAAAAUGACAUCGACGUCGACAAUCAAAAAAUUCACAUUCGUAUUUGAUGUGAUAUGUGCGCUGCUCGCCUUGGUACUCAUAGCAUUCGGAAUUUAUCUGCUAAGUUCCUAUGAUGUGAAUGAAAUUGGUGCUAUGGCCGCCUAUGCUUACAUAGGACUAGGCGUAGCCACGGUGGUUAUAUUCCUAUUGGGACUUUUGGGCGCAAUACGCGAAAGCGUUUGCUGUACAGUAACGUUCAUCACAUUGCUUUGGAUCGUGAUUAUAGCACAAAUUGCAGUCGCUUUUCUUUUGCUGAAAGGUGAAGGUACAGUUGCUUCACACCUGUCAAAUACCGUUGAUAAAGCUUGGGAUGAAGAGCUUACAAGUCCUGGCGCAAUGUCUUUGUACGAGACCUGGUUUGAUUGCUGUGGACGUGCCAGCCCACACGAUUACAUCGUCAAUGACCGUUUACCGCCUGCAACCUGUUUCAGAAAUAACGAUACUACGAAAAGCGAGAAUCUAAUUGCCAACGGCUGUCGUAUAGAGUUUGAGAACUACUGGCUAAAUUUAUUGCGCAUCUUCAAUAUAAUUGCCUGUGUGAUGAUUGGCUUAGAGCUAAUUGGCAGCGUGGUUUCUUGCUGUCUCUGCAAUAGCAUACGUAACGAUCACAGGCGAUCCCUUUACUGAAUGAAUUUGCGUAUAAUGAAGUUGCUCAUGAGAAAACAAAAGGACAUUCUAAUUUUUCUUUUUUGAUCAAAAGAGAAAACAAAACAACAAUAAUGAUAAGAAUACGAGGGCUGCUAUUUAUACUUCUGAUCUGGGGCACUUCUAGUGUUGCCAGGUGCCAUCUGACGUUUCCAAUGAAAAAUUUGACAUUUAUCAUUUUAUCAUUAGUGCGCCCAGACUUUUUUGAUGUGCGAGCCAUAUUAGUGUUAUUUACAGUGGCUUUAUGAAUUCCGAAAAUUUUG